AUGACUUAACAGCGACCGGUCGCGAUUGAGCGGCGGAUUCUGUCAAGACGCUUUGGAUAAUUUAUCAAAACAAAAAAAAAAUUACGAAUUGAACAUUACGGCAAAAUGUUUUACCAUAUUUCUUUGGAGCAUGAAAUCUUACUACAUCCGAGGUAUUUUGGCCCUAACCUCCUGAACACCGUGAAGCAGAAGCUGUUCACAGAAGUGGAGGGUACCUGCACUGGCAAGUAUGGCUUUGUCAUCGCAGUCACCACCAUUGACAACAUCGGGGCAGGUGUAAUACAACCGGGGAGAGGGUUUGUCCUCUACCCCGUCAAGUACAAGGCCAUUGUGUUCCGCCCGUUUAAAGGGGAGGUGGUUGACGCUGUGGUCACUCAGGUCAACAAGGUUGGAUUGUUCACAGAAAUUGGUCCCAUGUCCUGCUUCAUCUCUCGGCACUCCAUCCCUUCAGAAAUGGAGUUCGAUCCCAACUCCAAUCCUCCUUGUUAUAAGACAGUUGAUGAGGACAUUGUAAUCCAGCAAGAUGACGAGAUUAGGCUAAAGAUUGUGGGAACAAGAGUGGACAAGAAUGACAUUUUUGCCAUCGGUUCUCUCAUGGAUGAUUAUCUGGGUCUUGUGAGCUGAUUCGCCCCAGAGGGAGUACAUUUCACAUGGGACAUUUUCUGUAGUAGCUUAGUUAUUUCGUUGUUAAAAUUAAUAUUUUUCUACACUGAUUGAUACGGUGACAGGUGGAGAAGCCCCAUAUCAACAUCAUUUUGUUAUAAUGCUGCACAGUAAAUCCAGGAUAAUCUUUGCUAAAUCUAUAGCAAAAUGGCAUACAAUGCAGAAGCAGAAUAUGUAUUGUUUCUCUGUAGAAUUCACAAUUUCUAUCUCAACUAUAUAUGGUUUUGUUUUUUGUACACUGACUGUAAUAAAGUAUUUCAUUUGUUAUAUCUUUGUAUCGGUUUUAAAUGUCUCAGCAUGUUAAUAUGUCAGAGCAUUGAUCUUUCUUAAUCUGCAAAAAGACUUGACGCACAACUGCAUCUGUGUGAUGUGGCAAAGCAACAUGAGGCGACACGUGAACGCGGAAACGUCGCAAGUGCGCGCACGACUCGCGGACGUAAAUACGUCAGUAGAGCGCUCGUUCUUUCUUUCUCUCGUCCUGAAGAUGGCGGCGGGGACACUAUACACGUACCCAGAGAACUGGCGGGCCUUCAAGGCCCAGAUUGCAGCCCAGUACAGUGGGGCUCGCCUCAAAGUCGCCAGCAACUCCCCUGCCUUCACCUUCGGGCAGACGAACCGCACUCCUGCCUUCCUCAACAACUUCCCCCUUGGCAAGGUACCUGCAUACCAGGGAGAUGAUGGUUUCUGUCUGUUCGAGAGUAAUGCCAUUGCUCACUACUGUAAGUUUUUAUUGGUAUUCGCAUGAUUAACUGAAGUGUCUUAUGCACUAUUCAUCUUGGUGUGCAUCCGAUGGGUCCGUAUUUAUUGAUUACCUUAAGUUUUAAAGGAAGCAGAGUAAAUGCUGCUAGGUUUAAGGGACAGGUUCUCUGGGGUCAACAAUUUGUGGUGGUCGUCGUCGCAUGAGUCCGCCAACAAUUCUAAUUCAUAAAUUGCAUAAACUACAAAUAUUAACUAGCUAGCUUAUGUGGCGCAGGUCACUGUGCGUAUCAUGGGUCCAUGCACACAUGCAUUGAAUCCAGUCAUUAGAGGUGUGACGGAUCGGAUCAGCGGAAAAGGAGUAAAUCACGUUUAGAGAUCCCUGAUCGUGUUUUUUUUUGUUUGUUACAAUAAUGUAAAUGAAAUACUGAAUCACUUUCAGUGACAGAAAAGUCUCUUUUUAAUCAAAAAGCCGAUGUCUUGCAGUAUUUCACAAUUCAUCUCCAAAGAUCUAGAUAUAAACAAAGCUCAACUCUUUGGAGGAAACUGAUGAUCCCCAGUCUUUGGGCAAGGCAGUGUCCAGUCAUGGCACCAAGUCUUAAUCUGACAGGGGAAGAGAAACUAGAGACCAUGUUCAUCCCAGUCAUCUCUGUUCAGUGAGUUAAAGGCUGGUUCAUGCUAUGGCCACAAAUGAUUCCCAAAAUCUAAAUAUUAGAUGUUUUAGGUUGAUGGGUGUCUUCCAUGCUGUUUGGGCUUUCGGCUAAAUUAAGUCAAAUGACUAAAUUAGACUGAACAGAUUGCAUGAGACCAUGUUCUAGUAAAUCUUUUCUAGCUUGACGUUCUUGAAUUUGUUACACCGAAGCUCACGUGGUCUGCAUUUCAAUGCACACCAUGUGAUGGUCCAAUUACUCUCCACUGUCAAGUAGUGGUACAUUAUCAAUUCAUCAGACCCGACGGUAAUUCACUCGUAUUAAAAACAUGUGUUUUUAUUCCCCUCUUAGCUAUCUCCAGACUGGCAGAUCGAUUAUGAAUCAUAUGACUGGCGCAAGCUGGAUUCAAACGGCGAGGAGUGCAAGACCAUGGUGAAGGAGUACUUUGCCUGGGAGGGUGAAUUUAAGCACAUGGGUAAAGCCUUCAAUCAGGGCAAGAUCUUCAAGUGAGAGGACACUGGGGACGUCUGAACAAAAGCACUCUACAGUCUGCUGUCCCGCACUUAAAGUUGAUUGACUUUCAGCCACCACGUGCUUACUUUACUGCAAGAAUGACUUUGAAUUACAGUGUUUAAGGUGGGAGUGAAUUGUCUCAGUGGCCCCAAACUGUUUUUUUUUUUUUGUUUUUUUUUUUUUUGUUUUGACCUGUGAAAUAAAAGCAUUUUCCACAAUGCCAUCUAUGGGA